AUGUACGGAUAAAUCAGAAGCCCGCUAAUACCCUGGAGAGCUCAAGGUCUCUUUAAGGAAUCGACGUGACGGUUAAGCAAACCACUGGAUUGCGUUACCACAUGAAAUAGACGAAAGAAAUGCGGGCUCAGUCCAAAGAGCCAACACCGCGCGCGCUAGGAGGGGAUUCAAGAUGCCUCCUAAGAAGAAGCCGAAGGUCGACAGUGACAAACAUUCAAAAACUACAAAAAGAGGUAGAGUAAGACAUUUAGUUAUAUAGUAAAUGGUUUGAACUCGGGGGUAACAUGUAAUAGUGUAGUUUGAUCGUCUGGGUGAGUGUAGUCCUGAAGAGGACUACUGUCGGUAGUGGUGAUUGACGUUUCGACAACCUGAGCGGAAGUCUCAAUCGGAGUCGAGGAGAAAGUUAUGUUAUCUAUCUGCACAGAACUUGAAACCUGCAUGCUAGUAUGCUUCGAAUACUAUACCGUCCUGUAUGUCACGUGUUAUCAUCAGGGAGCCAUAAUAAUUACUGAAAUUACUAUUUCGAACUAUUUACUAUAGGAAAAGGGAGGACUUCAAGAGAUUGUGUAUUUUGAUACAGCCAAAACGUUUAAUGAGUGCUAGGCCGUAAACAGUGAACGUUAUUAAUAUUUCCCUCAUCUUGCUGCACUGAUUACAUAAUAAUAGGAAUAAUAGGACAUCACAUUACUUGAUGGGGGUGGGUGGAGGUGGGUGGGGGUGGGUGGAGGUGGGUGGGGGUGGGGGGGAUGUCUUAGCGCCUUUAAACAACAAGCAGUCCCUCCUUUUUGGCGAAGUAAAAAAUGAUAAUAGUAAAAAGAAUAAAGGUAAAAAGAGCUCCCUGUGGCACUUAAAACAUCAAUUUUUUCAAAUUUUUUUUUUAACAUGCAUGACAGACUCUGCUUAAAAGGAGGGACUGCUUGUAUUAUAUGGCACUCUAAGUGCUGCUUGCUACACUACUGGAAGGGAACCUAACUUUACCAGCAAGGUUAAAUGUAGUGGGAAUUGUUUAAAUUUUGUUUGAAAAUGCAGUUUAUUGAUAAAAUUAAUGAACUGCACUCUCUCCAUAGAGGAGAGUGCCAAACCAAGCAGGACUUCAAAAAAAGUAAGUUUGCAGUUACUACUGAUCUCAACUGUUUCUGUGUCCUGUAAACAGGAUAUUGUGUAAAAAGCAUAGUAGGUAACAUGUUGUUGGACUUAUUGCUCAGUCUGUUGUGUCAAGAUAAAUUUAUAAGAUAUGCAUAAAUGAAUCUAAGUGAAAAAUUAUCAUGAGACUACUUUAAUAUUAAAUAGAAUUAGUUAAUAAAAUCAAAAGGAAGUAAAAGUUACUUAGUUCAUUAAUCAAUGAAUCAUUCCAAGCCAAAGGGUUAAGAACUUUGUCAUGAUAUACAGUACAACCCUGGUAACUCAAACUCCCAAGGGACAGAAUAGAUGGUUUGAUUUACUGGGUGUUUGAGUUAGCUGAUAGUAAAUGAUUGAAAAAAAUGAGGUGAAAAGAAAUCAGACCUUGUUUGAGUUACAGAGGGGGUUCAGGUUAACAGAGUUUGAGUUAGCGGGGUUCUUCUGUUUGUACAAAAUCCCCUCCCACUUCUAGAACAAAUUGUAUCCAAGUAUAAUAACAAAUAAACCUGAAUAUAAUAAUGUAUAAAUAGGCCCCACUCAUAUUAUUUCAAUGCUUUCUAUAUCUCAAAAGAUUAAGAAACAGAAAUGACAUUCUUAACUAAAGUAGUUACUAUUAUAUUUUUGUCAGUGACUGUGGUUGACUUUUCUUUAUGAAAAGGGAUGAAUUUGCAACUUUAAAUCAUUGAAUUUUUCAGGAAGUGCAAUACUCAAGAUGGCUUAUGAAAUCUGAACCUGAAAGCAGAUUUGAGAAAGGAGUAGAUGUAAAGGUACAACAACUUACUUCUAGAAGUCAACAUUUACAAUAAUAAAACAAUUUAAGUGAGGCUGUGAUUCUUUUCCUUUGUACAUUUUAAGUGUUUUCAGCCUUGAUAAUCUGUUUACACCAGCAUUACCUCAUUUCACCCAAAUCCAUUUAAUUAUUCCACAUUAUUUAAGUUCCUUCAAUUUUAUGGGAGAUGAAAGUUCUCAAUAACUUCAAGUGUGCCACAGUCUUAAAGUUAGAAGAAUUACCAUUUUUUAAACCUAGUUAAUUUUCCAAUUCCCCUUUACCAAUGCCACACCAUCCACACUCCUAUGCCUAAAACCAAGAAAAUGUCUUUCACUUACACUGUAUCUUUGUGAGAUGUAUAAUUUUUUAUAAUCUUACAAUUAAUGUAUUAUCCAGCCACUUAAUAUAAAUCUUACUUAACCCUUUAACUCCCAAGAUCUGAUUGUUAAUUCUCCCCUUUAGCUGCUACAUAUUUCCUUGUAAAUAAGUUUCGAGAAUUUGGUGUCAGAUCAAGAUACACAUAACAGCUUUGACCUGUUAAGUUUGAAUUUUCUCAUGACCUGUUUGCUGGAUAAUAUCUAGUUAUUAUAGGGUGCAGUUACUUGUUAAUCACUUAAAGGGUUAAUAACAGUGAGUGGUAAACAGGAGUGUUCUCUGAACAUUAUCUUAGUUUGGCAUUGAGGACCUAAAGAAGGAACCAAAUCAAACAGCCUGUUGGGAUGGUGUGAGAAAUUACCAGGUAUAUGAAAAUUUUCCCAUCUAUUAUUAACCUUUACACCCUAACAUCACUAUGCAUAUUCUCCAUACUGUUCUCUAUACAUUUCCUAAGAUACUGACAAGGAGAAUUUGGGUAACAAUCAAGAGCUUCUCUAGUGUUUGUUUUCUAUAUUUUUGUUACCUUAAUGUGUGAUGUGGAGGUAAUAUUGCACGGAGAGAUUAGAAGCAAGUUGCUAAUGAGGCUCAAAGGAUUAAUUAAAGAUAUAGAUAUUUUAUUUGAGGAGCAUCAAUUUGUAAUAAAUUACACAGUAAAAUAGUUCUUGCUUCCUUUCUUGCUCAAACCUGAUGAGAGGAACCAAGUUCUUAAAAAUUAAUAAAUAUUUAAGGGUCCCUUUUUAUGGUCAAAAUAUUCAGGGUCAACUCAGUCAUCAGUUGAAUGUAAUUUUUCCAGAGAAAAUGCUCAGCAAAAUAAUUUCAUCUCUGCUAAGGUGCAUUUAUUUAAUGAUUGGUAAAUUUUGCAAAUGAACUUGGAAUUUAUCUCUUUUGGUUGUAUUCUACUUUCAUUUUAGGCUCGAAAUUUUAUGCGAGAUCAAAUGAAGAGUGGUCACCUUGCAUUCUUUUAUCACAGUAACUGUAAAAACCCUGGCAUUGCUGCAAUUGUGGAGGUAAAAUCUCACAUUGAAGAGGGUUUCAACCCCAUAGUUGACAGACUAUGGGGUUGAAACCUACUUUACAGACUAAAUCUUCCCAAAGUAUGUAGGAGUCUACAGCUUACUUCCUCCUCUAUGAGAAGAAUCUCUUGCUCUCUUCCACAGUCCUCUAAAUCUUGCAGAUAUUGGUUAAUUUGAUGUUUGUAUUACAAAAAAAAAUGGGGGGGGGGAGCAUAUAUCUCCAUUAGAAAAAAAUGAUUUGGAUGAAACUGCUCAAAGAUGGUUGUUCGAGUACAUUUUAGUGAAUUCAGGGAUGAGACAAGGAAGUAUAAAAAAAUUAGGGGAGGAUGGGAAGGUGAUCCAAAAUAAAACUUAUCCAGAUUUCAGAUUUCCAGAGCAAGCCAUUUCUGAAAAGUGUAUUAUGGUCAUGUGUGGUCAAUCUUUCAACCAUUAUUUAGAAACUGAUAUACUUUCAUUUGAACCUGUAGAUUGUCAAAGAAAGUUAUGUGGAUUAUACACAAUUUGAUAAAGAAGAUCCUCAUUAUGACCCGUAAGUAAUAACAGGCUUCAAAAUUAUCGAUCAAAUAUUUCAGAUCAAAUCUUUUUUCUUUCCAUUUCCACCUCUCGUCCUCUACUUGUAUCUCUGUGCUGUUUUUGAUAUCGGUAUGCUGGUUGUUUGUUGUAUACAUGAACCAGCGGGCUCACCAACAAGUUUUUUUUGUAUGUAUUCCAAAGGUCUGCCAUCACAAUCCUUCUAGAGGAUGAUCAUAACAAAAUUAAUAGUCAGCACCUUCCUUUAUUACCAUGCAUGAGGUCAUUUUGUGGUGCCUUUGAAAAAAUGUGCAUAUGCAAAUCUCAGUAACUCACUAUGUUAUCACGGAUAGUGAGAGAGGAAAUGUGAACAAACAUUCAAGUUCUGCUGAUAUAUUUAACUAGUUGAUCUACAUGAGUGAUUCAUUAUUUAUUAUUUUUAUAGGAAUUCCAAGAAAGAGAACCCCAAAUGGUUCAUGGUAAGUUGUAGCAAUAGCAACAUUAAAUAACUUUGAAAGAAGACUUGUAAACUUAGGAAAGGCUGGAUGUAUUAUCUUUUUUCACAAAGGUAUUGCAUUCAUAAUAAAUUGGUUGACUAUAAAGUAUCCUAUGGCAGGAGUGAUGACUGAAGGUGUAUCUUAAUUAAGGGCAGCACAGAAUGAUCAAAGCUUCAUGUCUUUUGAUACAACAUUAAAUUCUCCUUGUUUUAAAAGAAAUAGAAGGCAAGUUGGAAGGAGAAUUUAACAGACCAUCAGAAAAUUAGGCCUUUCUUUUUUGAGUACCUCUUCUGGUGCAAACUGUGUUUUUGAUAUUUACUGGUUUUUUUUGUAGGUGGAUGUAAAGUUUGUCCGUAUGAUGAAACGCUUUAUUUCUCUACAAGAACUGAAAGCUCUUCAUCAAGUAAGCUGUCUCACUCAUCCAUAAAGUAAUUUUAUAACAGCACACAUGCUUCCCCUAUAUAAGUCCUAUUGAGCCGCUAUGAACAAAAUCUUUAUUUAUGCACGUGCAUGUGUAAAUAAGAUGACGUGAGCAUUUUUCUUAGUGAGCCUUUAUGACAUUUGGGUUUGAUUUUCUCCAUUUUCCCUGUAAAUUUUGAGCUUUUCAUUCACAGUUAUCGGUUAACUGGAUCAAAUGUUCUCGCUCAAACCAAAGUAUAAAAUGUGCUGUGUUUUUGACCAGCCAAUAGAGGCAUUUAUUUCCUUUUUUUUUGUGCGUUGUGAGAAUUUUGCACUCUAUCACAAUUAAGGCUUCUUCACGCAGAUCCUUGUUGUUGCUCUGUUAUAAAAGAAUUUGCUCAUGCUUUUAGCUGUGUGUAUAUAUUGAGUUAUGAAUGCACUUAGGAAGUUUGGAGAGCUCUCAAAAGCUAGAGUUGCUCUCCGCUGUGCUUCAAGCUACUCUUACACAUUUUUCGAGCUCUCCAAACUUCCUGCGUGCAUCCAUAACUCGAUAUAUGCACGCUAAGCAUGAACAAAUUCUUAAAUUUAAAUGGCAUAGAUUACAGGUCCUGGCUGAUCAACAACAGAUAAAUAAAGAGGGUAAGUUUCUAAAGGAACUGUGGUGCUGGGUCAGAGGGAGAGUAUAAAAAGGUAAUUUAGUAUCAUUAAUCAAGUUGAGACGUAAAUUGGCCACUGUAAAGAGUUUCAAAGCUGAUGUUUGGAGCAUAGCCCUUCAUCAGAACAAAAGCUGCAAAGCAUUGGCUCUCACUGGUAAAAUGCUUUCUGCACGUACACAACACUUGGAGUAGCCUGUUUGUUUGUUGAUGGUUUGUUUUUGUGUUUAAUAGGAACACAAGGCAACCAAUGGUCCAUUAAAGUCAGUGGCACUCUUCACUUCAGCCCGACUAUCAGUUCAACCCGUUACUAAAGGUAAAACAUGCAAAUUGUACUACUGUAUUAGAUAGUUAACAACUUGAUGUCUGUUUAAUUUGUCUUUUGUGAAAAAAUAGUCACCAAAUUUAACUUUAUAAUUAUGUUUAGCCGUUGGCAUGACACCUACAUGAUACAAUUACUUAGUUGAUGUAGUUACUCAUUUAUUAGUAAACUUCUUUAAAAGCACACAUUCAAAAUGCUUGUAAAGAACCCAGUAGAGUGAUAAAGUCAAGGUAAACUUGAUAUUUAUUUCGUUUGUCAUACUAGUGAAAUAUCUAUUUCACAUUGCAAGAUAAUUUUAUUUUAUUUCCAGCGUUAAGUCGUUGUUGGAGUGAAUGAGGAAGUUUUAACUCUCUAAAUGUCAGCUAUGAAAACUCUUCACAAUGGCCAAUUUAAACUAUCAACUCAGUUGCUAUAAAACCAAAUUAUCUUGUAACACCCCAGCGACAAGCCAUAGUUUUUUUAAGAAACUUAUCCUCUUCAUUUUCAUAUUUGCCACACACAAAUUUCAAAGCACUUUCCUUUAAAGAACAUAGCAAAUGAAUGAAGUAACUCUCAAUUCACUAACUGUUUCACUGCUGUUUCAAGUCAUUUGCACUCAAAUUAUUUCCAACAAUUCUUGUAAACCUCGAAAAGUUAACGUCAAAUUUUCUUUCCCCUUUUAUCAUUUCAGAUGAAUUUGAAUACAUUUGUAGUUUGGAGGACAAACCAGUGGGUGGUGCCAGUUAA